AUGCAGCAGCAGCCCGUCACCCCGGUCUCCGGCCGCGCGGGCGCCCAGCCGGAGCCCUUCACCCCGCGCGGCACCCCGCGCCUGCGCCGCCGCAACUCGUCCGCGUCGGCGCCCUCCACCCCGGGCGCCCGCCGGCGGCCCACCACGUUCCGGGAGGACGUCGGCCACGCCGCCGCCGAGACGUACCUCGUCACGCGCCUCGCCUUCAUCCUCCUCCGCUCCCUCGGGGUAGGUUAUCGGUGGAUAUCUCAACUUGCUGCCCUCCUAAUAUAUGCAGUCUUACUUAUGCCCGGUUUCAUAAGAGUUGGGUACUAUUAUUUCUUCUCAAGUCAGGUUCUUAGGAGCGUUGUCUAUGGAGACCAGCCAAGAAAUAGGUUGGAUCUGUACAUACCCAGAGAUCGCAGUAAAGCCAAUCCAGUUGUGGCAUUUGUAACCGGUGGAGCUUGGAUCAUAGGUUACAAAGCGUGGGGUGCUCUUCUUGGAAGGCGGUUAGCAGAACGGGGAAUAAUAGUCGCUUGCAUUGAUUACAGAAAUUUCCCUCAAGGAACAAUAAGUGACAUGGUCAGUGAUGCUACUGAGGGAAUUGCAUUUAUUUGUGACAGUGUUGCUAGCUAUGGAGGAGAUCCUAAUCAGAUCUACUUGAUGGGUCAAUCAGCAGGAGCACAUAUCUCGGCAUGUGCUCUCUUGGAACAAGCAGUUAAAGAAUCAAAAGGAGAAGAAAUCUCUUGGAGUGUUACUCAAAUAAAAGCAUAUUUUGGUUUAUCUGGAGGAUACAACAUGGAAAAUUUGGUUGAUCAUUUUCAUGAACGUGGUCUUUAUCGUUCAAUUUUUCUCAGCAUAAUGGAGGGAAGGAGAUCAUUGUCACAUUUCUCUCCGGAAAUUGUCACGAAGAAAUUAAAUCCUGAAGCAAUAGCUCUGCUUCCUCAGUUUGUACUUUUUCAUGGAACAGGAGAUUACUCUAUACCAUAUUCUGCUAGUGAAGCUUAUGUGGAUGCCCUUAAAAAGGCUGGCGCUAAAGCUAAGUUGCAAUUGUACAAAGGAAAAACACAUACUGAUGUAUUUGUGCAGGAUCCACUUAGGGGUGGCAAAGACCCACUGGUGGAAGACGUCGUUUCUAUCAUCCAUGCUGAUAAUCCAAAUGCAUGCGAGAAGUACGAUUCGUCACCUAUACCUGAGCGCCUGGUGUCUGAGUGGCAAAUACAGUUAGCCCGUCAAAUUAGCCCAUUUUGAACAGGUUAUUUUUUCAAGCCGUUUCAUGUAUCCCCUAGAACGCAAGCAUCUGGGUUCUUGUGUUCCCAACUUUCAUUAUGAUGAUGGGUUCCAGGAGAGAUUAUAGUUUGAUUUAGCAAGCACCUUUCACAGCAUGUUAGCAGGGAAGAAACUAUAGGUUUUAGGUAAAUAUCAUAGCAGACUUUGUGAAUAUAUAUUCAUAUGCUACUGAGUUUGUAUAAGUAUACCCAUACACUUAAAAUAUCUCAGAAAAAAAUCAUUGAAAUUUAGAUUUGUUGCUCCCAGUUACUAUCAUUC